AUGAGCGACCACCAGUACAUUGAGUUUUCAGUCUCCGAGGAGAAUAUGGGAGGGAACAAUUGCCCACAAAUGAACAAAAAGAAACCCUCCUGGAACCUUAGGAGACUCGAUAGGAAGAAGUUGGCAAAGUCCUUAGUUGAGGCUCGCCUUAUUAGGAGACUCAACUGGCAUAGGCAGCCAACUUCUGUAAAGGGCAUAGUGCGAGAGGCGAGGCAAAUAAUAGUGGAUGCUUGCAACCACUCUAUGCCUCGCCGGCACCAAACAAAAGCUAGGAAGGGUGCUCUGUACUGGUGGAGCGAUGAAUUAGCCCGCUUUUAA